UUAGGGCCCCCAAGAUGGACGCUCUCCGGGCCCGGGAGCAGCUGCGGAGACGAUACCUAUUUUCGCCCGACGCCGAGGCGUCGCUGGACGGCGAAGGCAACGCCAGGCAGGGAGCCUCUGCAGCUGUUGAGAAAAAGCAGAAACCUCUUCCAAGACUUAAUAUCCAUUCUGGAUUUUGGAUAUUGGCCUCCAUUGUGGUGACCUAUUAUGUUGAUUUCUUUAAAACUAUUAAAGAAAACUUUCACACUAGUAGCUGGUUUCUCGUUGGCGCUGCCUUGCUGCUUAUCAGCCUGUCCAUUGCGCUUUUCUGCAUUCUCUACCUGGAGUGGUACCGUGGGAUCGGAGAUUACGACGCCAAGUAUCCAGCGCUGAUACCCCUCACAACUGCCGCCUUCAUCGCAGCGGGGAUUUGCUUCAACAUCGCCUUAUGGCCGGUGUGGUCAUUUUUCACUCCGCUGCUGCUGUUUACCCAGUUUAUGGGAGUUGUGAUGUUGAUCUCACUCCUUGGCUGAUUCCCGAAGGUUCAAGGGCAGGAGAAUGUAAAGUGGACGAUCAAGCAUCCAGCUAGCUGAAAGCAUCCCACACGUGGAAAAGCUACAGUGUAUUUUUGCAUCUUGAAGUAAGCGGCUUUCUGGGAAAAAUGGUCACUUCAUCGGACUGUGAUUGAAAUUAAAGUAAAUUAUUUCUUUUGAGCAUUCUUAAACCCAAGUGAUUAUUGAACUUUGCAGAUUCAGCAUAGGAAUGACUGAUUUGCGAUGCUAAUCUGUUUGAAUCAUUGGAGAGAAUACUGGCGUAAAAAUUUAAGUGAAGUUUCGUUAUAGGUGCAUAACAUGCUCCUGACACUGUAGAUGGCUCGUCGCUCCGCGGGGAAGGGGUGGCCGUCCGUGUGGAGGACGGUGGGGUGCGGGCCUGCGCCUGUGACCCGGCCUCCGUGCUCGCUGGGCCCCGGCUUCCCGGUGCCUUCCUCUGGCGGGAGGGCCAGCGGAACGUGUCUAAUGCAUUCCCUUCACUGUAGGUUUUAUCAUCGUGUAAAUUGUGGGUUUUAGCAUGUCUAACACAUCAACUUUUAAUGAUUUUUAGGUACGUCUAAUCUUUCCUGAACAUUUAAUAAAAUAUUUUUGUAACCUUCUGGGUUUGGUA